AUGAUGCUGCGCUCUACGAUGGGCUUGGGCAAGGCCCGAGUCCCGGCUUUGCGCCAACCGGCAUACGGUCGACUCUCCGCGUUGAACUCUGCGAUCCCGCGGACAAGGGCUCUGGCGAGGGCGGCUUCGACCGUUACCAACAUCGAUAGCUUCCCUGGAAUCGGCGAAAAGCUCCACGGCUUCACUGUCCGCGAAAAGAAGCAUGUCCCGGAGCUUCACUUGACCGCGGUGCGAUUGACUCACGACAAGACCGACGCGGACUACCUGCAUGUGGCGAGGGACGAUAAAAACAAUGUCUUUGGCAUCGGAUUCAAGACAAACCCGCCCGAUGCGACAGGUGUACCCCAUAUUCUGGAGCACACUACCCUGUGUGGCAGCGAGAAGUAUCCCAUUCGCGAUCCUUUCUUCAAGAUGUUGCCGCGCUCCCUCUCGAACUUCAUGAACGCCUUUACCUCCUCCGACCACACUACCUACCCAUUCGCCACUACCAACUCGCAAGAUUUCCAAAACCUUCUGUCCGUCUACCUUGAUGCCACUUUGCAUCCGCUUCUUAAGGAGGAGGACUUCCGCCAAGAGGGAUGGCGACUGGGUCCUGAGGAGCCGCGGGCUUUGCAGGCAGCUCCGGGUCAGCCUGAGCAGAAGGCCAAGUUGGAUGACAUCGUCUUCAAGGGUGUUGUCUACAACGAGAUGAAGGGUCAAAUUUCGGAUGCCAACUACCUCUACUACAUCAAGUUCAAGGAGAGCAUCAUUCCGGCCCUUAACAACUCGGGAGGCGACCCGGAGUACAUCACGGAUCUCACUCACAAGCAGCUGUCUGACUUCUCGAAGCGCAACUACCACCCCAGCAACUCCAAGAUUCUAACAUAUGGAGACAUGCCGCUUGAACGUCAUUUGGAACAGGUUGGAGCGGUUUUGGACGGAUUCACCAAGGGGAAGGUUGAUACUGAUGUGAAAUUGCCUUUGGAUCUCAGCAGUGGGCCUUUGAAUGUCACAGUUCCUGGCCCCAUCGACACAUUUGCGAGCGAGGACAAGCAGUACAAGACCUCAACGUCUUGGUACAUGGGUGAUUCGACUGACAUUGUGGAGACUUUCUCUGUCGGAAUCAUCUCUUCUUUGUUCCUUGAUGGAUAUGGCUCUCCUAUGUACCGAGCUCUUAUUGAGAGCGGGCUUGGCUCGUCCUUUACCCCCAACACUGGUCUUGACGCCUCCGGAAAGGUCCCAGUCUUCUCGGUUGGCGUCAGCGGCAUUGGUGAAGCAGAAGCUCCUACCGUCAAAUCCGUUGUUCAAAACGCUUUCCGGGAGUCUGUCUCUGCUGGUUUCAGCGAGGAGAAGGUGCGUGGUUUCCUUCACCAGCUGGAACUUUCGCUGCGUCACAAGACUGCGAACUUUGGAAUUGGAGUUAUGGAAAAGACCAUUUCGUCCUGGUUCAACGGAUCCAACCCGAUGAAGGAGCUGGCAUGGAAUGAUGUUAUUGAGGAGUUCAAGAGAAGAUAUGAAAAGCCUGGGUACCUCGAGUCCCUCGUGGAGAAGUAUCUUCUUAACGACCAGUGCAUGACGUUCACAAUGGUUGGCACUCCUACAUUCAACAAGGAUUUGGAUAAGAUGGAGGCUGUGCGUAGGGAAACCAAGCUUGCCCAGCUCAUCGAGGAGCACGGUUCCGUCGAGAAUGCCAUCGCCAAACUGAGUGAAGAGGAGCUGCAACUUCUCAAGGUGCAAGAGGACGCGCACAACGCGGACUUGAGCUGCCUUCCUACAUUGCGAGUGAAGGAUAUCUCCAGAGAGAAGGAGCGCAAGCCUGUGCGCGAAUCAAAGGUGGACGACGUUGAUGUCCUCUGGCGGGAGGCCCCAACCAACGGGUUGACCUACUUCCAGGCCGUGAACGCUUUCGAGGACCUGCCUGAUGACCUUCGACUCUUGAUGCCCCUGUUCAAUGACUGUGUCAUGCGCCUGGGUACCGCCAACAAGACCAUGGAGCAAUGGGAGGAUCUCAUCAAACUGAAGACCGGAGGCAUCUCGACCUCGUCGUUCCUUGUGUCCUCACCGAACCACCUGGACCAAUUCAAGGAAGGGAUGAACUUCUCUGGAUAUGCCUUGGACAAGAAUAUUCCCGAAAUGCUGGAGAUGUUGUCAGCCCUCGUCAUGGAGACGGACUUCUCGAGCCCCGCUGCACCGGCAAUGAUCCAAGAGCUUUUGCGUUUGACUACCAACGGAGCUCUGGAUAGUGUCGCGGGCACCGGUCAUCGUUAUGCUGUCAACGCUGCGGCGGCUAGCCUCUCUCGCACCUUCUGGAUCCAGGAGCAGCAGUCUGGUCUGGAGCAGUUGCAAGCCACGGCCAACCUUCUACGGGAUGCAGAGACCGCUCCCGAGCGUCUCCAGGAAUUGAUUGAAAAGCUUCGCCUCAUUCAGUCGUUUGCCAUCUCCAAGUCCUCCAACCUUCGUGUUCGCAUGGUCUGCGAGCCCGAGAGCGCUGCGCGCAACGAGUCGGUCCUGCAGAAGUGGAUGGCAGGUCUGCCCCAAGUCCGUUCGCCGGCAGGACUUGCUGCUGCAUCCCCAUUCAAAUCGAUCGAGAGGGCUUUCUAUGACCUCCCUUAUAAGGUGUACUACUCUGGCCAGGCUACUCAGACGGUUCCUUUCGUCGAUCCCUCUAGCGCCCCACUCACGGUGCUGUCCCAGCUUCUGACCCACAACUACCUGCACCCUGAAAUCCGCGAGAAGGGUGGUGCUUACGGCGCAGGAGCCAGCAACGGACCCCUCAAGGGUAUUUUCACGUUCAUGAGCUACCGGGAUCCUAACCCGAUGAACACUUUGAAGGUCUUCCAGAACAGCGGUGUCUUCGCCAGAGACCGUGCCUGGUCCGAGCGUGAGAUUGAAGAAGCCAAACUCGGCAUCUUCCAAGGCCUUGAUGCACCAAUGAGUGUGGACGAAGAGGGCUCUCGCUACUUCUUGAGUGGCGUCACUCACGAGAUGGACCAGCGCUGGAGAGAGCAAGUCCUGGAUGUCACCGCCAAGGACGUCAAUGAGGUCGCUGAUCGCUUCCUCGUCAACGGCUCACGGAAGGCAACCUGCGUGCUGGGCGAGAAGAAAGACUGGGCCGGCGCCGACUGGGACGUGCGAAAGCUGUCCAUGGGCGAGGAGAGUGCCGCCGCCGAGUAA